AUGGCACCAAAUUCCACAAAUGAUUCUUCAAACGUUUUUUCAGCUCGCACAAUUACUCAACCAGCUACUGUGGAUUCCACUCACCUCUAUUACCUUCAUCCAUCAGACUCACCAGGAAUGAUUCUUGUCAACUCAGUAUUUAAUGGGAAGGGAUAUGGAGGAUGGCGUAGAGCCAUAGUCAUUGGACUCUCUGCCAAGAAUAAGCUUGGUUUUAUUGAUGGAACAUAUUAUGAACCUGAUGCUUCUUCUACUGAUUUCAAGCCGUGGAAUCGUUGCAAUGAUAUGGUUAUAUCGUGGAUCUUGAAUUCUCUAUCUAAGGACAUAGCUGAAAGUGUCCUUUAUUCAAAAACUGCAAAUGCAAUUUGGAAAGAACUUGAGGUUAGAUUCGGACAAUGCAAUGGUGCUCAACUUUAUCAAUUGCAAAAGGAGUUGAGUGACCUAGUGCAAGGGAUCUCUGAUAUAGCAGGAUACUAUACAAAGGUAAAAAAUAUUUGGGAUGAGUUAGAUACCUUGAAUAGUUGUGUGCACUGCACCUGUGAAUGUAAUUGUGGAGGAAAGUCAAGAGCUUUAAAGUCUUUUCAAGAUGGUAGGCUAAUCCAAUUUCUCAUAGGACUUAAUGAUGCAUACACAGCUGUAAGGAGUAAUAUUCUGAUGCUUACCCCUCUUCCAAGUAUCAAUCAAGCCUAUUCUCUUCUCAUUCAAGAUGAGAAGCAAAGAGAAAUUGAUGUUGCACAAAACCCAGUUGAGACUGCUUUUCUGGCACAAAAUCAAGCAACCUAUUUUUAG